AGUUCUGCAUUAAUGUCUGAAUGUUUACAAGCAAGAAGAAGAAAAAAAACAACUAAUUUAAAAAAAUGUACAAGAAAGACGAAAUUGGUACUAGCACUUUUAAAUUUAAACAGGUAGGCUUAUACUGACAAAGGGUUCAAGCAAUAACUUUAAAUGUAAUUCUGCCUCGCCUUAUUUUGCUGCUUUGCCUCCACCUCAAAGCCAGUAUCAGUAUUCAGUAUCAUUCAUCAUUCAUCAUGUAUCUAAACUAAACCCUGGCCCUGAUUAUUAGCUGUCAUUAACUAUAUACUUUUUUAUACAAUGAAUAAAGUAUAGUCAGUUACUGUUAUUAUAUAUCAUGGUCUUCGACUCAAUGCAGUGAGGAACCAAGGGGGUGAGGAGGAGGUGACCGCCCCAGGCAGCACUUCUGGGGUUCCUAGGUAGGCCUAACAAACACUUCACUCACACUAGGGGUAACAAUACUUGUACUUGUCCACGCACUGUUCCUAAAAUGUCGAAAAAACGUGUUCUGCAAUAUGGCGUACAGCUACAUGGUAAUAUUGGAAAAUUGCAUACUACGUCACCUUUGUUUAUAAAAUAAUUGCUUUUCUCAUCACUGACGUAUCAGUUUUUGUGUUCCGGUCAUAUAUUGAUUUAUGCUACGAUUUUUUUGUGCAUUACGGGCAGUAUUAUUACAGACCUGUUUACUCUUACGAUUUUGGCGUACAAUGUACGAUUUUUAGAUGUCUUUUACGAUUGUACGCCAAGACCCGCCAAAACUACGAUUUUCAGAGACCCGGUGGAGAAAAUUUUCCCCCGAUUUAAAAACAUUAAUAAAUUUUCGGGUUUGGACGUUUUAGCCCUCUCUAAUGAAGAUCUGGCAGUGAAUAUGAACGAGAAAAACGAUUGGUUGGAUUUUUUUUUUUUUAAAGUUGGGACCAUCCUUAUUAUAUUUCGAAAGCACUCAUGGGGACUGGGGGAGGUGGGGUUGUUGAUGACGGAAAUUGUGGCAUACGAGACACGCAUGGGUAGGGGAUUGGUGGGAGUGUCAAAGGAUAUAAAUAAAUAACCCCGACAUAUCGUAUUGACGGGAUCACAGGGAACUAGCUGGCUGCUGCGUCAACAGUAAUAUUUGGAUUGGUCGCCCUAGCAACAACUUCACCGGCCAUCGCCUUUGACUGCUACCAAGCGUGUGACGUAGUUUUGUUACAGAAUUAUUUUGUUCCUCAGAACCGCGGCGAUUGUAAAACUAGAGAUGGUUUUUUAAAUAAAAGAGAUGAUCCAACUGUUCUGCUGUGGAGCGUUGGAUUUUGGCAUACCGGUAUUUUAUAAGAUCCAGUCAGCGACAUUUACAAAAUAUAUGGAAAUAUUUUGUAGUUUUAUUUAUUUACUAUAGAGAUAUUGUAUUGUACGAUUUUGAGACCAGAUUGUACGAUUUUAGUGGUUUGAGGGUAAACAGGUCUGUUAUUAUAAUGAAUCGGUUAGUAUAUAAAUCGCAUAAAUACUUUUUUACUAGUAAAGCCACCAGAAUAAGGUUUAGUGCUCCCUAAUCUACAUUAAUUGUAAGAGUUUUUUCAGUUUUUGAGUAAUUAUCGUUGAGCUCUCGAUAAAAAGUUAUGCAACCCGCGAAGAAGGGGGGGGGGGUAUGAAAUUAUCAUUAUUUUUUUAUUUUGAUCUAGAAGCCGGAAAUGGCUGCUAUCACUGUGAUAUGUUAAUGUAAAAUCCUUAAACAUCUAAAUAAUUACAAGACAUUUAAAAUGAAUCAUUUUAAGAAAAGAUUAUAACCAAACUUGAAAAGUUGAUGUAGUAACCAAGGGUUGGUUUUAAGUUUUAUUUAUUACGUUAAAAUUUGUGUACGGUACAGGUAAACAGUUUAUCGUUUUUUCAUUAUUGAAUCAAUAUUUAAUUAAUAGUUUUACAACAGUAAUAUCAAUAAUAAUAAUCGUUUUUCUCUUAUUAAUUAUUUCAGAGAAUAUUACUAAAAUUAUGCCUACUUAUCAUUAUUAGUUAUAAUUAUAAACAACUGUUAUUAUAAUACUAUAAUAGUCUAUUUAGGCCUAAGCUUAGUUUUUCUUAAUCUAAUUCUAUUACAAGCCUAUAAGUUCUAUAAAUAACAAUAACAGUUUUAUUAAAAUACAUCAAAUUAAUAAGACUCAAACAACAUCAUCAUAGCAAUUAUAUUUUUAUUAGGACAUAGAAAAGCUGUACAUAGACAAUUAUUUAAUAUAUCAAAUAACAUUUUUUAAUGAAUUAGUCUCAUCAUUAUAAUCAUAUUAUCAUCAUGGAUGAUUUUAUUUGAGCAAUUUUUAUUUAUAAUUACUUGCGUUCAAUUUUAUAAAUAAAAAGACUACUUACCUUUUUAUAAAUAUAAUGAUUUAAAAUUUAACACAAGCAUAAUAAAAUUAGUUAAAAUUCAAUAAAUAUGUUUGUUUUUUUCGUUUUUUCCUGUAUAAAUAAUGAUUUUCCCAAUUUUUCUGUUAAUUUUUUUCCUGAACAUACCCACAAAUAAAUUUAUUAAAAAAAUAAAAGUCUUAAUGUUAUAUAAAAGUUUUGUUGUUUAUUGUACUGUAUAUUGCAUUGAGAAUGUCUCCUGAACAUUUGGUGGCAUUUUCUUUUAAAAUCAAAAAGUUUUGGGUAAAAUAAGGCAGAAAUUUUGAAAGUGGGUCACACGUUUUUUCAGUUAAAUACUAAGAUAAAGAAGGGGGUGUUUAAAAAUCACCAUAAAAAUCAUAACUCCACUCCUAUAAAAGAUAGAAAGAUGAAAUUGGUGUUGUAAAGGUUAUAGCUAGCCCUUUAAAAUGAUGUAUCAUUUAUGGCAAUUGGACAAUAUUUAAAUUUUGUGUCAAAGUACCUACUCACACACAUUUAUUAUUUUGAAUUAGGAAUUAGGCAGUGUCCAUUUGUACUAUUAAUUGUUAACUAAUAUACUUUGCCAGGACAGCACUGUUUUUUUUACUUCAGUCCUGAGCUGAAAUAGUAAGCCUACACCACAGUUUAAGACUAAAAGUAGGUACUUUACUAAGCGGCGCGUGCCGAUUGAUUUUUCGGAUGUCGGAAACAGACCAUGAUCCGAUGACCGGUCAAUGCCGGUAGGUCACGGGGUCAUAUUUAGAUUUAGUUUCCUUUGUCUACGUAAGGGAGAGUCAAUGAACUUCCUAUAGUCUGUUUUGUGCACACGAGGAGGACAAUCAUUACAACAUAAACUUUUAUCACCGGACUGACAGGGUUUGUGGCAGAUAUCUUUCGUUGAGAGAACAGGUAAGUUUGCUAGCGCUAUAUUUCGGAAACCAUAAUAGUAUUCCAAUUAAUUCUUUUGUAUUCAAUGUAUGAAGGAUUUAACUAACUGAAAGAAGAAACAUAAUGACAUUUAGAUAGGCAGUAAAUUGUAUAGACAGGGUGUGAAUCGGAGCAUAAUUUGUAACCAGUUAUCGAUUAGGCCAAAUGAACCGGAAGUGAUAACCAUUUUCUGUUAUUAUUCUUAUUGCAUAAGUAUUUAAAAAUCUUUAUAAAUCUAAUGUCUAUAAAAGCAAUCCAGUUCAUCUUUAUUAUUAAACUUGUUUUUAUUUCAUGAAUGAAAACAAAUUUAUAAAUAUUUUAUAAAAUAUAAUUAUUAUUUUUUUAAUAAUAAAAUUUACAUCCGAGAUAACCAUGUCAAAACUAUAUGAUAUAUCAACUUGAGUAAUUAAAAUAUUGUAUUGUAAUUGUAAUAAUUAUAAAACUUCACAACAGUGAAUUAUAUAUUUGGAAAUUAAAUAAUGCCCUUAAUGAUAUAAUUUAUCUAAACCCAGAUUAGAUACGGUAAACAAUGAAUAGUUGUAGUAGUAGUAGGCUCAGCAGCUACUAUAAACGUCAUCAUUUAUUUCUAUUUUUAUUAAAUUUCAUUAUUUUAUUUAGCUUUGUCUUCUAAAUAACCUAUCACUCUUUUUUCAUUUUCCUUUUGUACACUCUAUUUUAAAAAAAAUGUAUAUUCCUUUCUUGCCUCUAAACUUUACUGCUUUAGCUCAAAGCUAUUAUAUUUGACUUUUCAGAUUUAGCCCAAUCUUUAAUUCUGUUCAUUGAAUAACUUUAUUUUUAAAACAACAGCUUAAUUUCUUAAAUUUCUUAAAUUCCUCAACAUUUUCUUUCUUUUAAAUAUACAGCCAUGUCCCCACCACUUUUUGGAGGAGCUGUGCUUCUAGUACUAAUACUACCUAAGAUUCAUGCCUGUCCAUUCCAGUUGAUGCACGAGCUGUCAUGAGGACUCAUCAAGACUACUAGACUUUUUUAUAUAAGUAAAUUUAUAUCUGAUAAUGUUCCUUAAUGGAUAUGAACUACAAACUACUUGACUUAAUCUGAAUAAAAAUAAUGUUAGAACAUCACAGUAUAAUAUCUAUGCAUACUGGAAAUACAGCAUAAGUAAAAUCACCAUUGUCUUAAUAAUAAAUAAUUUAAUUACAAUAUUAUCACACUGAAUUACACAAUCUUAAAUGAAAGACAUAUAUAAAUUAAAUAAAGAAGGUACCUUUUGUUACUUAUGUUAAAAUGCUUAUUUUGUGUUUAAUUAAAUCGAUUUUCUAUCUCUAUUUCAGUUUUUCUGGACUACUAGACCACAAUGAAUUACAAGGAGUUUGUGUUGCGAUGAAGUGGAAAUAAUGCCUCUCCUACUUAGAGGUACUGACUGCCCAGCUGUGCCAAGUGUUGCUUCAGCAAAACAUCUCGAGAUACAUCUCUGGAAUAUGGCAUCUAGUGCCAAAAUGUGUCUGCACGAACAAUUGCACUUAAAUUUUUGUACCGGUCUUUCCUGUUUUAACAAAAACCUAUCAGGUGUGACUGCAUGUCCAACUGGACAAUCUACCACAAUAUGGACCACCAGAGCAUAAUCUUAACAGCUAUUGAUAUUUUUCACCAACUACUGCAUUUAUAUGGAAAUUUAUACACUCAGGACUCCUAUAAUUUAUCAUCAUGAUGGGUGGAAGCAACAAUAUUGACACAAAGUACAUACACUCAGGACUCCAUUCAUCUGUGUCAUAAACUAAAUCAUUACCAAUGGUAUCUUUAACUGUUACAAAUUUGAUCCAGAAUGCCAUUGACUCUGCCAAAAUAUUACUUUUGAACAUCAUCUUUCUAUGAAAGAAAAUAUAUCUCUUUUAUUCAGCCUUUCAAUGACCUAUAGAAGUACUAAUAUAAUAUUAAGUGAUCAUCAUUUGUACUGUGGAUUUCAAAUAGCAUGGCUACUUGGAUUAUCAAUUUCAUGGAUUGGAUCAUGGAUGAUUGGAUUUUGACAUGUGAUCAGCAUUUUUUCAAUACGAUUUAUCCAUUAUAAUACAUUAUUUUAUAAAUCUUUUCUGUGGAAUUAUUCACAGAAUUAAUAUUAAUUUACUAGAUGAUUGUGUGCAUUAACUCAAUAGGUUGAAUUGGUAAUAUUUAUGCAAUUUGUAUUUUUAAUACACAAACAGAGUAACUUUUAAAAUUAAAUCUACUCACUGUCUGUUGCUCAAAUGCCACUGAUUUAAUUCAUUAAUUGAUGUAUUAAUAUUUAAACAGAUUACUUUAAAAGCCCAAUGCCUAAUUAAACUAUGCUGAAAAUUUGAAGGCUUUAACUCUACAGGUAAAAUAGUUAUGGCAUUUUGAGUAAUGAGAUCACACGCUAUGUUUUUAAUGAAAUUUACGUACCCUCUGUUCGUCAAAUCUCACACAUUACCCUAUUGUAGUAUUUGAAUAACAAUUAUUUAUUAUUAAAGCUCAAAAUUUAAUUGAAAUGCAUUGCAAAUUUCAAAGCUUUAACUUUGCUGAAUAAAAAGUGAUCGCAUUUUGAGUGUUAAAGAUGUCUUUUUUCUAUCACAGAAUUUUGGAAAUUAUUUACUAAGGCUAUAUAAGGAAAAAUUCUGACACUAAAAAUGUGAUAACUUUUUUUCUAAUUAAGAUAAAAAGAUAAACUUGUUAUCAAUGGAAAGAAAAUACUGAGUACUUUCUAAUGAUAUAAGUUUCAUGAAUGUAUAACAACUUUGAAAUUUUUAGUGAAGUACCUACUAAAAGGUUAGGCCAAAAAUAAUUUUUGGGGCUAGGGCCAAUUAGUUUGUUGAAGUUAAUUAAUCGAAAUUAAGUACUUCUGAAUCAAUAUCAUAAUGAUGUCCAGGUAUACAUUAGAAAUGUACUAUGUAUCCAAGAUCAGCCGUAGAGUUCUCAGGAUAAUCACAAAUUAUUGUUUUUAUUGACACGUGGACAAAACAAUUUUAAAUGUCCUGGUUUAAAAUUUUAAAAAGUAUGAUUUGAUUUUUUUAAAAUGAUAGUCUCCUCUUUAGUGUUAGAGGGGAUGUACUUUUUGAAGUUUACGCAGGGCAGCAUUAAUUUAAGUCAAGAUAUGCCACUAAGUCUAUGAUGUUUAACUAUUACUAUAUGCUAAAUAAGGGACAAAAUAGGUCUGUGGUAUCAGACACUAUGCUUUGUUUGAUUGACCUGCCCUUUGUGUGCAAAGUACGCACAUAUUCAUAUUGAUUAGCCUUUCAAUAAUAAAUCUACAAUUAGACUAACUGAAUGUUUUAAAAUAGGAAGAGAUCUGAGGCUAAAUGAACCUGAGGUUAAUUUAAGCGAUCCACGCCACUUUGAGUUUCUGUGUGGGAUUCCCUCCCUUUGCUUAUUGUUGGAUUGUUACUAGUGUUAACUUGUCUUUUUAAAAAUAUUAAUACGCCGAUGGAAUGUUUUAAAUUAAUCUUUUAAUUGCAUUAUUAAUUAUAAUAUUUAAAACGAGGAUACAUUUUUUAGCACACAUGUUUUUGUUGAGGGAAGGGAGUGACUGUAGGUCAUUGACACUUCUUGACCCAUAUCUAGGGGGAUACAAUAAAGUUGCUACUUUUCCCAAAAAAUUAAUGUGCUGGCUGAAAUUACCCUGGGAAAGUGAUGGGGGGGGGGGGGGGGGAAUUGAAUUUUAACAUUUUGUUCCUAUUUUUGUUUAUCACAGUAAGUAGUUGAAACAACACAUUCUCUCUGUCCCCUCCUCAUUUUAGCAGAUGUGUGUUUGCACUACUUUUUUUUAACACAGCCGCCAUCUUGGCUGCCAUGGCACAGCAACAAAGAUGACGGCUGUGGGAAACAAGUGUUGUGGAUUGGUUAAAUUUAAAUAAUCAAGUUAAUGAUGAUUGGGCAUUCAAAACAUGGGCUGAUAGGCCUAAAUAAGAUCCAUUGGGCUUACCAUUAUGCUCACUCACUGUUAGUGUUAUUCAAGUGUAGUCUAUGCCUACUUAAUCCAUAGAUUAUAUUUAAGGCGGAGUCUAAGCCGCAAUAGGAAAUUUCAGUACUUAAAUUCUGUGCAUUGUUACUAUUUAGUGAUACUGAUUGUUACUUAAAAAAUUUUUGUGGCAAAACCUACACAUUAUUUAGUCAGUUUCACCAGGUACAAUUAACUCUUCUAAAUUGCAGGAAAGUAAUAGGCCUAAAUUUCUAAAUUAAAAAGACUACAGCACAUUGAAAAAACAAUUCUAGCUGUGGUUAGUUCAUAUUUGUAAAUGUAAGAAAAUACCUGUUUAUGGUUUAUGGAAACAAAAUACAGCCAACAGUAAUACCAAUGAACAGCAGCAAUCAACAUUAUUUUUAAUAAGACUACCAGUAGCUAUUGUAAAAAAAGCAAAUAUAAAAGCAACUAUUCUAGAAAAAAAUAUUUGCAUUUAUUUAUGGAGCUAUACUAUCUUUUAAGCAAUAGAUUUUUGUUUUAACAUCUAUCUAGAGGCAAAUUUAUGUAGAAUUGCUAGUGUUUCAAAAAAAAUAUAAAAGCAACUAUUCUAGAAAAAAAUAUUUGCAUUUAUUUAUGGAGCUAUACUAUCUUUUAAGCAAUAGAUUUUUGUUUUAACAUCUAUCUAGAGGCAAAUUUAUGUAGAAUUGCUAGUGUUUAAAAAAAAUGCGUUAAAUUUAGAUUCUUGAAAGAAAACACACAUGCUCUGUUGGCUUAACAAUGAAGCAUAAUUAAAUUCAAAUAUAUGAUGAACAUCACUCUUUGAAAUUGUUCCAAAAGGAACAGAUGUAUUUAAGAUUUUUCAACACUUUCUCUUUCAGGUGAUGGAAUACAUAAUUUAUUUAUGAGAUGGAUCAUAUUUCGUCUCAAAGAGAUAAAGUCAUAGGUCAAGACUAUCUGUCUAAAUUUCAUCUGGCAAGCAGCAGCUUGUUGUCAACCCAAAAUACAAUGGAGCAAGUAUUUCCACCUUACGGCCAGCCAACUGCAAUAAGCUCAGCUGGUCAAUUAGAAUUCAGACCACCACCACCUUCAUACACAAAUUCUGCUGGCAUUCAGUAUUCAUUGACACAAAAUUAUGAUAUAGGACUGACGGACAGAUACCUUCAGCCAGGCUACUCUCAUUCCUUUUUGACAGAGGACUUCUACCCAUCUCUAUGCCCUCCACCACCUGCUCACCUGUCAACUCAGCAAUAUGCUAUCUCUGUUGCUGAUUCAACUCCAUCAAUGCUUCCCCCACAGCAAAGUUCACAGUUGUCCCCCAUGCUGAGAGGCCAGAGGCAAAGCCCGCAGCAGUUGCCAGCACCAACUGUUGUACAUGGCAAGCUGAAUUCAGUACCAAGAGCUCCCUCACAUAGCCCUUCCAUGUACAGUUCACAAAGGCAAAGUCCUCAACAUUCACCCAUUACCCCUCAGCAGCAUUUCGGUUCACCUGUUGGUGCUUCAAAUUUUUCCUACCCAUCAAGUCAAUGUUCACAAAGAAAUGACCCACCUUUAGGAAAUAUGCACAUGACUAAAGUUGGCAAUAAUUCUUUUAACAAUAUAACACAGUUUAGUCCACAGUCAUUUCUUGCUCCUAGUCAGCAUUCAAAUAUGAGAGUAUCAAACAGCAAGGCAGUAUCGAAAGAAGAUGACACAAGGGGUCAUUUUAUGAAUCAUCUGACAUCAGGUCAAAGAGGAAUUCAAAGAGAAUCAAAGAUAAAUACAGGAACUCAGAAUCAUCCAAAGUCAUCCAUUUACCCCACAUCAUCAGCAUCAAGUCAGCAGACAGUAACAUCCAGCAGUAGUAAACAGCAGAGCAGAUAUCAAAUUGGUGGAAGUGUGCCAGCUCUGACACACAGAACUACUUUGCCUGCAAACAGGCCUUACUUGCCACAAAAUUCAAACUUGUCAAAUAGCAGUUCUGUCAACAGAGCUCCCACACUAAGUCAGAUGUCAACUAUUCACAGCCCUACAAUUUCUCGUGCAGCGAAUAAUUUACCUCCACCCUUUGAUGCUAUUGAUUCUAUGUAUCCCUAUAUUCCACAAACCCAAAAGACUAGUCGAGAAAAUCCUUUGUACUUAACACCCCCUAUAAAUAAUUUUACAAACUCAAGUGCCCCACUCUCAUCCUUGGAAAGAAGAAAUGCAGCAUCUCUGAGUGCAGCUAGUGACACUAUGCCAACAAACAAUCCAUAUUCUAUGUACUCUGUAUUUUUACUUAGUGACCAGUCAAAUGGUGGAAUGAAGGGAGGCAGAGGAGCAUCCACAAGAGCCAGGGGUAGAGGGGGAAGACCCCAUAAUUUUAAAACGGGAACACAUGAGGAUGCAAAUCCUAUUCAGUGGUACAAGUGCUCAGAUCCUUUGUUAACAUCAUCUUACCAAUCAGAUGUUGAAGCUAUGCAAGCUGAUACGGCAAUGGAGUCAAGCAUGUUUCGACAAAUGCCACAAACAGAUCCUGCGAGUCACCGGUCAGCUAAGGAAGCUCAUGGAUUGAAGAGCGGGAGCAAUUCUGGUCAUGCUAAAUCUAACCAGCUUGUCUCUAAUCCAGCAAGUGUCAAUACUACAAAGGCAGCGGCUCUAGCAUCCAUUCAGUUGAAGCAAGAAAUAAUGGAUAAUUUAACUUUGACUAAAAGCAAGCCCCAAGCACUCAAUAACUCAGUUAGUGGCAUGACACAUCAUAAAAAUGCUGUAUCCAAUGGGACAUCUGAACCAAGUGUUAUCAUGCAAUCAUCUCCUGCACCAGGUGCUACAUCUUCUUUUUCUAAUGCUGGUGGUUUGACCUGCAAACAGUCAUUGCCCACUGAAAAAGAGAAGGAUACUCUCUGUUCCAAUAAUUCCACAAAUUGCCAACCCCCAGUAGCCAGUCGACGGGCGCAGUUAACGGAGAAUAAUGAUAAAUCCUUUUUAGGAAAGCAAAUGACAGCCAGUGUGUUCAGUGUGUCAAAACAGCCAGCUAGAAAAUUUCACAAGCAAGACUCUGGCCCAACUGAUAAAAAGAGUGUUUCAGCAAGAGAAAGAGUAUUUCAUAUGUGGAAAGCAGGACAGGUUGUUGGUAGGGUUCCAGGUAAAGGAAAAACAAAAGCCAAUUUAGUCAAUUCAAAGUCCACCCAAAACUCAGUUAGCACAGCACAGCCCUCAACCGUUGCUAACUCUGGUUGCCGUGGGAACUCACACAGCACCCAAAAGAGUAAUAAGAGCAAAGCGAUGCCAGCACCAAAAGUAAAUGCAGAUCUUGUCAAAAAUCAAAAAGGAAUCUCACACCCUGAAGAGAGGAAGAAAUCCAAAAGUUUAAAUCUGAGCGACCAGGCCACGCAAGACCUACGUUAUGUCAUGUUUCAUGGUCAUAAACUGAUCAGUCUUAAAUCACACAACGAAGCAGUUUUACUGCUAUGCCAGUUUCAGUUCGAAUGUUUUCCUGAUAAGGGCAUGGGAGCAAUAAACAACUGCAUUGAUCGUGCUCUUAGGAUUAAGAAAAGAGUUUUAGAUCACCCCCAGAAGGACAAAAUUACAGCCUUCUUAGAGAAAAAUGGC